AUGCCUUGCUCGGCGGUGACACUAUCUCUGGCGACCAUAACCGGCAUAAUCGCGACGGCACUUCUUGCAAUAGCAUUUUCCACGGAUAACUGGCUUUACACGGAGGUCAAACGCGCCCAAAUACAGCAAUAUGCGUCGAAAAAUGGCGAACAAAAUCACAUUGUUGAGCAGAUGAACUCGAAAUUCUAUUACUACACAAGAACGCAAGGACUCUUCAGGAUAUGUUACCCGAAAGAACGCCCUCCGAAAGUCGAGACCUACCUCAGUCCCGUGGAAACUCAUUGUAUGAAUGUCGACUAUUUCCUCCCAGAUUCUGAAAAUGAAACCCGGGGAUUCUCAGAUGAUGCCAUGGCACGACUCCACAUGGGAAGAUCGGUAAUCGCUCUCUUUAUUCUGGGAUUCCUCGCGAUCUUCAUCGCAUUCUGGACCGGAGUCGUCGGAUGUUGGAGAAGAUCUCACGGAAAUGUCACUGCUACAGCGAUACUUAUGCUGCUUGCCUGUUUACUCAGUGCUGGCGCAAUGGGAAUUUGGCAUGGUGUUGAGUACUACGAGAAAGAAAAAAUGGUGGGCGAAGAAUACUACCAACAAUGGAGCAACGUGUUGAAGAAUAACGUAGCCCAGUGGUAUGACUGGUCAUUUUAUUUAGCCUGGCUGGGAGUCGCUGCGUGUUUCGCGACGAUGACUCUUUUCUUGAUAGCGGCUUCCUGCUUGAGAAAGGAGCGAGCGCGCGAGCAGGCCGCAAACAUUCAAUACAUAAUGCCAGUGUAUCCACAAAAGCAGCAAUACGCUUACGCCUCAUAUCCUGCACCAGCGGCUUAUCCAGGUCCUUACUACCACGGCUCUCAAUAUGGACCUUACAAUUAUUAGAAAAAAGACUGUACGAUAA